GGAUGAGCGAGAGGGGGGUGCAUACUCACGGACAGGAGAGAGAGAGAGAGAGAGCGAGAGAGACGCGCUCCAAUGAGAAAAGUUUACUUGUUCUUCCUCCGCACAAUCCCACAGCUGAGGGCAUUGAUGUGAGCGCAGAGGCUUUCUGUUUUUUACGCGCACUUCUUUCCCCCCGUCUUUCACCACCACACACGGAGCACAAAUCCACCUUCUCACCUUUAGUUUGGCGCGUGUCUUGCAUUUCUUUUUCUUUCAUAUUUUUUCCCCUCCCUUUUUAAUGAAUGAUUCUCUCUCGCAACACUUCUUCUACUAAGAUAUCUUCGGAUACGCCGCCGUCCUCGUCUGCACGACCUCACCUCGGCACAUCUUCUCUCAAGUUCAAGCGCCACCAAGACUUUCACUGCAGCUUCAGACGCACUUGGGGGAAAUAUCACACGGCGAAGAAAAACUUGAUAUUUUGUGCAGCAGCCGCAGAAGCGACCGCCAACAUGAGCCUGAAAGCUGACGCGGAGCCGAAUAACAACGUUUCCAUCGAAGAGGAGGUACGAACACUGUUUGUCAGUGGCCUACCAGUUGAUAUCAAACCACGGGAACUUUACCUUCUCUUCAGACCUUUUAAGGGUUAUGAAGGGUCACUGAUUAAGUUAACAUCAAAACAGCCUGUUGGGUUUGUAACCUUUGACAGUCGUACUGGAGCUGAAGCUGCGAAAAAUGCUCUAAAUAAUCUCUCAAAGUCUACCCAUUGUGUCUUCUACAAUUCAAUGGCAGGGCCAUUUUUGGAAAGAGGCCAGAAUCCCCGUAGCCUUACGGGUAUCCGUUUUGACCCCGAAAGUCCCCAGACCCUGCGCUUAGAGUUUGCUAAAGCCAACACGAAGAUGGCAAAGAGUAAGCUGAUGGCCACACCGAACCCCACAAAUAUCCACCCUGCUCUAGGAGCACACUUCAUUGCACGGGACCCAUAUGAUCUGACAGGGGCAGCACUGAUCCCAGCAUCGCCGGAUGCCUGGACUCCUUACCCGCUGUACACCACGGAGCUGACCCCAGGCCUCCCUCACGCAGCCUUCACUUACCCGGCGGCUGCUGCCGCUGCUGCAGCCCUCCACGCCCAGGUGAGGGACCAACCGAUGCGCUGGUACCCUACUCCCUCUGAGACUUCCCAGCCUGGAUGGAAGUCCCGGCAGUUUUGUUAGAUAUUUAGCCUCUGGAAAACACACCUUUUGUCCAGCUCAAGUGAGGUUUGCCAAGCUCUUCAUUAAUUUAAUCAGGUUUAUUUAAUGGACAAAUGUGCAUUAUUAUAAACAAACCGUAUUUAUAUCUCCUCUCGAUGUCUCUGGGAGUCUGAGUUGAAACCAUCUUGCUGUCGACAAUCUGAGCUUAUCCUCGGCAACUAUUGUGGUACCAUCUUAGCCCAGUCAAAACUCCAUGGAUCAUAAUUGCUGAGGAAAAUUGACGCAUUGAAGUUACUGUUAAGCUAGUCCUUCCAUGGUUUACCGCAGCUCCUGGGAGGUUUAGAGGCAUUAAGAGUCCUUGCAUGUUAGUCUUUUUGGCAUGAAUUUAGAACGCAGAGUUCUGUGUAUCCUAAUUUUCUUAGUGUUUGUGUUGCCUCUUUGCCUUUUGGCCUAGACAGCGAAAUGUUUUGUUUUCCAGUAGAACCUUGGUCUUACCUCUGUGAAAGUUAGGCUGUUGUGUAAAUGGCUAAUCUCGCAUGGACCUUGUGAAUGCAUCCCUACGUUCUAUGACAACCCCAGCCCUUAUGAUCAUAUCAAUGUCUGUCAUUAUUUGAGCAAAGGAAAGUACUAAUUUUGUACUUUUUUGCGUAAUGUAUAUUUAUGCAUUUUUGUGCAACUAAAAUAAUGAACCUGUGUAUAAGUUGGAUGUUUAGUCAUCUUUUUGGUGUUACUUUUUGAUCCUAUAAUCCUGUUGACGUAGUUUUAAAGAAGAAAAAAGUGCAAUUUGUUUAGGGGGAAAUGGGUAUCUGUCAAAAAAUGGAAGUGUUCUGAAUGUGGCUUGUGCCAUUCUGCUAAAAUGAGAUUGCUGUAAAACGAUCUUUCAGAAUGUGAAACUGGACUACAAACUUAAAAGGUGGAUCUUUCUGGGGGGCCAUUUUGAAAUGGGAUUAGAGUGAUGGAGGAAUUUAGUUUGUGGUUUAGAAACAUGUUUGUCUUUGUAUCUGCUGUGCAUAAGUUGUAAAAAAUAUUCCCAUCUUAUGAAUAAUAAAAGAAGUGAAUGCA